AUGGUCGAGAGCCAUGCAUCCUCCGAACACGACCCUCUUCCUGUUAAAACGGGACAUCAGAACAACCACACCAAAGUCAGCACAGAGCACAACAAGGAAUGUCUCAUCAACAUCUCUAAGUACAAGUUCUCCCACGUCAUCAGUGGCCUCACAAACAUACUAAAAAAUGUGAACAACAUGCGGAUAUUCGGGGAAGCUGCUGAGAAGAACCUCUACCUCUCCCAGCUGAUUAUCCUGGACACACUGGAGAAGUGCCUGGCAUCGCAAUCAAAGGACUGCCUGCGUCUGGACGAGACCAUGCUGGUGAAGCAGCUGCUGCCAGAGAUCUGUCACUUCAUCCACACGUACCGUGAGGGCCACCAGCACGCUGCUGAGCUCCGUGCCUCCGCCUCAGGGGUCCUCUUCUCCCUCAGCUGCAACAACUUCAACGCUGUUUUCAGCCGCAUCUCCACCAGGUUGCAGGAGCUGACAGUCUGCUCAGAAGACACUGUGGAUGUGCACGAUAUAGAGCUCAUGCAGUACAUCAACGUGGACUGCUCCAAACUUAAAAGACUGCUCCAAGAAACGGUAUUAAAAUUCAAAGCCCUGAAGAAACCUGCCCAACUUGCCGUCAUUAACAGUUUGGAAAAGGCCUUUUGGAACUGGGUAGAGAACUACCCUGAUGAGUUUACCAUGCUCUACCAGAGACCACAGACAGACAUGGCAGAUGCUGCGGAGAGGCUGUUUGACCUGGUGGACAGCUUUGCUGAGAGUGCCAAGAGGAAGGCAGCGGUGUGGCCUCUACAGAUCAUCCUCCUCAUCCUCUGUCCCGAGAUCACACACAUCAUCUCUCGAGAGGUGGUGGAGGAGAGCAAGGCCAACAAGAAGCUGUUCCUGGAGAGCUUGAGGAAGGCUCUAGCAGGCCAGGGGGGCAGCAAGCAACUAACAGAGAGUGCAGCCAUCGCCUGUGUCAAACUGUGCAAGGCCUCCACCUACAUCAACCGGGAGGACCACUCGGGCAUCUUCCUCCUGGUGCAGUCCAUCGUGGUGGACCUCAAGGCCCUGCUCUUCAACCCCACCAAGCCCUUCUCUCGCGGGGCAGGCAGCCAGAACGCAGACGUGGACCUCAUGAUCGACUGCUUCGUCUCCUGUUUCCGUAUCAACCCUCACAACAAUCAGCACUUUAAGGUCUGUUUGGCCUCCGCCUCCCCCUCUACCUUUCACUUUGUCCUGGUCAACUCCCUGCACAGAAUCAUCACCAAUUCUGAUCUGGACUGGUGGCCUAAGAUUGAUGCAGUGUACUGCUACUCUGGAGAGCUGCGACUAAUGUUCUCAGACACUCUGAGCCGAGUGAUGCAAGGCCUUCACACACAUGCCCCACUACGCAUGACGCCGAGUCUGUCAUUUAAAGAGAAAAUGACCACCAGCCUUAAGUUCAAAGAGAAAACCACAGACCUGGAUACACGCAGCUACAAGUGCCUCCUCCUCGCUCUGGUCAAACUCAUCCACGCUGACCCCAAACUCAUGCUGCACAACCCAGGGAAGCAGGCUCAGGAGACUCAGAGCAGCACAGCAGAGCUGAUUGCAGGCCUGGUGCAGCUGGUGCCCUUGGUCAAUACAGCCCAGCUUUCCCAGGAGGCCAUGGAGGCUCUGCUGGUGCUGCACCUGCCUGAGACCAUUGAGCUGUGGAACCCUCAGGCCCCCAUUGAAACCUUCUGGGACAUCAGCUCCCUGGUUCUCUUCCUGAUCUGCAAGAAGCUGAUUGGUCACCAGAUGGUGAACAGUACAGAGGUGUUGAAGUGGCUGAGGGAGAUCCUUAUCUGCAGGAACAAGUUCCUCCUAAAGAACAAGGAGUGUGCCACGCAGGGCAGUGGAAUCCCCAUCUGCAGACAGGCCCAGACCAAACUGGAGGUGUGUCUAUACAUGUUUCUGUGGAGCCCUGACACCGAGGCCGUGCUGGUGGCCAUGUCCUGCUUCAGACACCUGUGUGAGGAGGCUGACAUCCGCUGUUCCGCUGACGAGGUGCUCGUCCAGAACAUCCUGCCCAACUACGCCACCUUCACAGAGUUUGCCUCCGUCAGCAACAUAAUGGCCACCGGACGUUCCACCCUGCAGAAGAGAGUGAUGGCCUUGUUGAGAAGGAUAGAGCACCCCACUGCAGGAAACACUGAGGCAUGGGAGGACACGCAUGCAAAAUGGGAGCAGGACACCAAACAGAUUCUGAACUUUCCCAAAAACAAGGUGGAGGAUGGUCAGGAGUGGAUCAACAUGACAGGCUUCCUGUGUGCUCUGGGUGGGGUGUGUCUGUCCCAGCACAGCAAGCCCUGUGGCCCCACCACCUACAGCCCCCCUAUGGGCCCCAUGAGCGAACGCAAGUACUCUAUGGUCUCUGUGAGUGUCUGUGAGGUCUCCAACGCUGCAGCUGGAGCCUCAGCCACCUGCUCCUCCUCUUCCUCCACUGAAACCCCCCUGGGCAGGUUCCUGGACCGCCUGCUGGUCCUGCUGGUAUGUGGUCAUGAGAGGGUGGGUCUACACGUCCGCACCAACGUCAAGGAGCUGCUGGGGCUGGAGCUCAGCCCGGUCCUGUACCACAUGCUCUUCAACAAGCUAAGGAACAGCAUCGGACGCUUCUUCGACACACAGGGGCCGGUCCCCAUCAAUGACACUAACACACAGUUUGUGGAGCAGACCAUUGCCAUCAUGAAGAACCUACUGGAUAACCAUGCUGAGGGCAGCUCAGAGCACCUUGGACAGGCCAGCAUAGAGACCAUGAUGCUCAACCUGGUCAGGUACGUGCGUGUCUUAGGCAACACGUUGCAUGCCAUCCAGAUGAAAACCAAGCUGUGCCAGCUGGUGGAGGUGAUGAUGGAGAGACGAGACGACCUGUCCUUCUGCCAGGAGAUGAAGUUCAGGAACAAGAUGGUGGAGUACCUGACAGACUGGGUGAUGGGCACCUCCAACCAGGCUGCUGAUGACGAUAUCAAGUGUCUGACCAGAGACCUGGACCAGGCCAGUAUGGAGGCGGUGGUGUCUUUGUUAGCUGGCCUGCCUCUUCAGCCAGAGGAGGGAGACGGGGUGGAGCUGAUGGAGGCCAAGUCCCAGCUCUUCCUCAAGUACUUUACCCUGUUCAUGAACCUGCUGAAUGACUGCAGUGAGGUGGAGGAUGAUGGCCAGCCGGUGGUUGGGAGGAAGAGGGGCAUGUCUCGACGCCUGGCCUCCCUCAGACACUGUACUGUCCUGGCCAUGUCCAACCUCCUCAACGCCAACGUGGACAGCGGACUCAUGCACUCUAUCGGUUUGGGCUACCAUAAGGACCUGCAGACACGGGCCACCUUCAUGGAGGUUCUGACUAAGAUCCUCCAGCAGGGGACAGAGUUUGACACUCUGGCAGAGACGGUGCUGGCAGACCGCUUUGAAAGGCUGGUGGAGCUGGUCACCAUGAUGGGAGACCAGGGAGAGCUGCCCAUCGCCAUGGCACUGGCCAAUGUGGUGCCAGGAUCCCAAUGGGACGAGCUGGCCCGUGUGUUGGUGACACUGUUUGACUCUCGCCACCUGCUGUAUCAGCUGCUGUGGAAUAUGUUCUCCAAGGAGGUAGAGCUGGCUGACUCCAUGCAGACUCUCUUCAGAGGCAACAGUCUGGCCAGUAAAAUCAUGACCUUCUGUUUCAAGGUUUACGGGGCGGCGUACCUACAGAAGCUCCUGGAGCCUCUACUUAAAGGGGUCGUCACCACCCCAGAGUGGCACAACAUCAGCUUUGAGGUGGACACAACCAGACUAGAACAGUCAGAGAACCUUGACGAGAACCAGCGGAACCUUCUUCAGAUCACAGACCGGUUCUUCCUGGCCAUUAUCAACUCCUCCAGCGAGUUCCCGCCACAGCUACGCAGUGUGUGUCACUGUCUCUACCAAGUGGUGAGCCAGCGUUUCCCCCAGAACAGUAUCGGGGCGGUGGGCAGUGCCAUGUUCCUGCGCUUCAUCAACCCUGCCAUCGUGUCACCCUACGAGGCAGGCAUCCUGGAUGAGAAGCCCCCACCCAGCAUAGAGAGAGGACUAAAGCUCAUGUCCAAGAUCCUCCAGAGCAUUGCCAACCACGUGUUGUUUACUAAAGAGGAGCACAUGAGGCCUUUUAACGACUUUGUGAAAAGCAACUUUGAUGCAGCCAGGUGGUUCUUCUUGGACAUAGCUUCUGACUCUCCUCCCAGUGACUCAGUCAACCACAGCCUGUCCUUCAUCAGUGAUGGCAACGUUCUGGCCCUCCAUAGGCUGCUGUGGAACAACCAGGAGAGGAUCGGACAGUACCUCUCCAGCAACAGGGACCACAAGGCAGUGGGCAGGCGACCGUUUGACAAGAUGGCCACCCUUCUGGCCUAUCUGGGGCCCCCCGAACACAAACCUGUUGCCGACACCCACUGGUCCAGCCUCAACCUGACCAGCUCCAAGUUUGAGGAGUUUAUGACCAGGCACCAGGUCCAUGAAAAAGACGAGUUUAAAGCCCUGAAGACCCUCAACAUCUUCUACCAGGCUGGAACCUCCAAGAAUGGCAACCCUGUCUUCUACUAUAUUGCUCGCAGGUUUAAGACAGGCCAGAUCAACGGAGAUCUUCUAAUCUACCAUGUGCUGCUUACCCUGAAGCCUUACUAUGCCAAGCCCUACGAUAUCAUAGUGGACCUGACCCACGUGGGUCCCAGCAACCGCUUCAAGACAGACUUCUUGUCCAAGUGGUUUGUGGUGUUCCCGGGCUUCGCAUACAAGAACGUGACGGCGGUCUACGUGUACAACUGCAACACAUGGGUGAGGGAGUACACCAAAUACCAUGAGAGGCUGCUAACAGGCCUGAAGGGCAGCAAGCGGGUGCAGUUCAUCGACUCGCCAGCACGGUUGGCGGAGCACGUAGAGGCAGAGCAGCAGAAACUCCCAGCGGCCACGCUGGCCCUGGAAGAGGACCUCAAGGUGUUCCACAACGCCCUCAAACUGGCCCACAAGGACACCAAGGUCUCCAUCAAGGUGGGCUCCACGGCCGUCCAGGUGACAUCAGCAGAGCGUACCCGUGUCCUGGGUCAGUCAGUGUUCCUCAAUGAUGUGUACUAUGCCUCUGAAAUCGAGGAGAUCUGCCUGGUGGACGAGACCCAGUUCACCCUGACCAUGGCCAACCAGGGCACACCCCUCACCUUCAUGCACCAGGAGUGUGAUGCCAUCGUCCAGUCCAUCAUCCACAUCAGGACGCGUUGGGAGCUCUCACAGCCAGACUCCAUCCCCCAGCACACCAAGAUCAGGCCUAAAGAUGUGCCGGGUACCCUGCUGAACCUCGCCCUGCUCAACCUGGGAAGCUCCGACCCCAGCCUCAGGUCUGCAGCCUACAACCUGCUGUGUGCCUUAACCUGCACCUUCAACCUGAAGAUCGAGGGCCAGCUGCUGGAGACCUCAGGCCUGUGUAUCCCUGCCAACAACACUCUCUUUAUAGUCUCCAUCAGCAAGACGCUAGCCGCCAACGAACCACACCUCACCCUGGAGUUCCUGGAGGAGUGCAUCUCCGGCUUCAGCAAGUCUAGUAUAGAGCUGAAGCACCUGUGUCUAGAGUACAUGACCCCCUGGCUGCUCAACCUGGUGAGGUUCUGUAAGCACAAUGACGACGCCAAGCGCCAGCGUGUCAGCGCCAUCUUGGAUAAGCUCAUCACCAUGACCAUCAACGAGAAGCAAAUGUACCCCUCUAUACAGGCCAAGAUCUGGGGCAGCCUCGGCCAGAUAACGGACCUGCUGGACGUGGUGUUGGACAGCUUCAUCAAGACCAGCGCUACAGGAGGCCUGGGCUCCAUCAAGGCUGAGGUCAUGGCUGACACGGCUGUGGCUCUGGCCUCAGGGAACGUCAAACUGGUCUCCAGCAAGGUGAUUGGUCGGAUGUGUAAGAUCAUCGAUAAGACGUGCCUGUCUCCCACGCCCACCCUGGAGCAGCACCUGAUGUGGGAUGACAUUGCCAUCCUGGCCCGUUACAUGCUGAUGUUGUCCUUCAACAACUCUCUGGACGUGGCCACUCACCUGCCCUACCUGUUCCACGUGGUCACUCUGCUGGUGGCCACCGGCCCCCUGUCCCUCCGCGCCUCCACACACGGCCUGGUCAUCAACAUAAUCCACUCUCUCUGCACCUGCUCCCAGCUCAACUUCAGAGAGGAGACCAAGCAGGUCCUGAGGCUGAGCCUGACAGAGUUCUCCCUGCCUAAGUUCUACCUGCUCUUUGGCAUCAGUAAGGUCAAGUCUGCUGCGGUCAUCGCCUUCCGCUCCAGCUACCGCGACCGCUCCUUCUCCCCCGGGUCCUACGAGAGGGAGACCUUCGCCCUCUCCUCCCUGGAGACAGUCACUGAGGCCCUGCUGGAGAUCAUGGAGGCGUGCAUGAGGGACAUCUCAGUGUGUAAGUGGCUGGACCAGUGGACCGAGCUGGCUCAGAAGUUUGCGUUCCAGUACAACCCGUCCCUGCAGCCCAGAGCCCUGGUGGUGUUUGGCUGCAUCAGUAAGAGAGUGACCCACAGCCAGAUCAAACAGAUCAUCAGGAUCCUCAGCAAGGCCAGCCCCCUGCUCAGCAUAGACCGGGGGCUGGAGAGCUGCUUAAAGGGACCUGAUAACUACAACAGCCAGGUGUUGAUUGAGGCCACAGUCAUCGCUCUGACUAAGCUGCAGCCCCUUCUCAACAAGGACUCCCCCAUGCACAAGGCUGUGUUCUGGGUGGCUGUGGCUGUGCUGCAGCUGGAUGAAGUCAACCUGUACUCUGCUGGGACGGCCCUGCUAGAGCAGAACCUACACACUCUGGACAGCCUGCGAGUUUUCAAUGACAAGAGUCCAGAGGAGGUGUUUAUGGAGAUCAGGCGUCCUCUGGAGUGGCAUUGUAAACAGAUGGACCACUUUGUGGGCCUCAACUUCAGCUCCAACUUCAACUUCGCACUGGUGGGACACCUGCUCAAAGGCUUCAGACACCCGUCCCCCACCACGGUGGCUCGGACAGUGCGUAUCCUCCACACGCUGCUGGCCCUGGUAGGAAAACACCUCAACUGUGACAAGUUUGAGGUCAACAGCCAAAGCGUGGCCUACCUGGCAGCCCUGCUCACAGUGUCAGAGGAGGUGCGUAGUCGCUGCAGUCUAAAACACAGGAAGUCUCUGUUGCUGUCUGAGAUGGGCAUGGAGAACGUUCCCAUGGAUACCUACUCUCUGCACCACACUGACCCCAGCUUCAGGACACUGAGAGAGUGCCAGCCAUGGGCGUCUCACAAGGUGUCAGAGCGCUAUCUGAAUGCCUACUACCCCACGGUGGGGCAGAUCAGCCCCCGUACACGCAAGUCCAUGAGCCUGGACAUGGGCCAGGCCUCCCAUGCCAACACCAAGAAGCUGCUGGACUACAGGAAGAGUUUUGAUCACUUGAUAUCAGACUCCAAAGCACCAAAGAGACCAGAGACUGAGUCUGGCGUCACCACCCCGCCUAAGGUGAGGUGUGUGACCGAGAACGCCUACGAGAUAGACAGCCAAAGAAUGGGCCACUCCCACCUCCGCAAGGUGUCUGUGACAGAGUCCAACGUCCUACUGGACGAGGAGGUGCUGACUGACCCCAAAGUCCAGGCCCUGCUUCUCACUGUGCUGGCCACCCAGGUCAAGUACACCACAGACGACUUUGACCAGAGGAUCCUGUACGAGUAUCUAGCUGAAGCUAGCGUCGUCUUCCCUAAGGUCUUUCCCGUCGUGCACAACCUGCUGGACUCUAAAAUCAACACGCUGCUGUCUAUGUGCCAGGAUACCAACUUGCUGAACCCAGUGCAUGGCAUCAUUCAGAGUGUAGUUUACCAUGAAGAGUCUCCUCCACAAUACCAACCGUCCUAUCUACAGAGCUUCGGCUUCAACGGACUUUGGAGGUUUGCCGGACCCUUCUCAAAGCAAACUCAGAUCCCAGACUACGCUGAGCUGAUUGUAAAGUUCCUGGAGGCCUUGAUUGACCGCUACCUGCCAGGUACAGAGGAGGAGAGGAGCGAGGAGCAGCUCCGUACCCCCACCUCGCCCUACCCCCCCGUCACCCAGAGCCAGCUCAGCAUCACCGCUAACCUCAACCUCUCCAACUCCAUGACCUCCCUGGCCACCUCGCAGCACUCCCCAGGCGUGGAUAAAGAGAAUGUGCAGCUCUCCCCCAGUGCGGCUCUCUCCACCAGUGGACGGACCCGCCAUGGUUCUGCCAGUCAGGUGCAGAAACAGCGCAGCGCAGGUAGCUUCAAGAGGCCUUGCGUCAAUAAGAUGGUAUGAGACAAAGAGAGUGAGAGAUGGAGAGAACAAUAGCCAUCCAAAGGCCCACCAUGCAACACAUCUUGCACUCCUCUUUUUACGAUGAAUGGUGAAGUCAACCUGAGGAUCAGUGUUGUAUUGGGGAAGUAGCUGCAUGUGUCCCUGUGUUAACCUUUGUUUGUCUUGCAUCUGGAGAGCCAUCGAGAGAUGGCUUCGGAUGGAUUAAGUUGUUAUUCACGGACAGAAAUGUGGUCCCGGUUUUAAAAAUGUAUUUUUAGCCAUUAAAAGGACCGAAACUGUCAAGGUGACUGAAAUAAGCUGUUGAAUUCUCAAUGAAUCCAGGUCCAUAUAUAAUGGUUUCAGUGUAAGAACUGGACAACAUAAUGUUUGGUGAGUGCUGCAUUAUGUGACAUAGGAAGAUGACUGGGUGAAUCAAUGUGGACGUCCAUGUUGAACCAUUAUGUGACAUAGGAAGAUGACUGGGUGAAUCAAUGUGGACGUCCAUGUUGAACCAUUAUGUGACAUAGGAAGAUGACUGGGCGAAUCAAUGUGGACGUCCAUGUUGAACCAUUAUGUGACAUAGGAAGAUGACUGGGUGAAUCAAUGUGGACGUCCAUGUUGAACCAUUAUGUGACAUAGGAAGAUGACUGGGCGAAUCAAUGUGGACGUCAAUGUUGAACCAUUAUGUGACAUAGGAAGAUGACUGGGCGAAUCAAUGUGGACGUCCAUGUUGAACCAUUAUGACAUCAUCAUGCCCAGGAGAGGAAAAAAUUAGGAUUUUGGACCUGUAUACUGAAGGACAGCCUCUUGCCUCCACUCCAACCCCACUACCGCCUUUACACAGCAAGGCUGCAGCAGCCAUUCACCACUUCCAUCUAUGCAGGGUAGCUCAAAUGACCAACCAACGGAUGGAUAGUCAUGCUGUUUGCAAAACCUUCAACCCACAGUCUUGAAACCUGGAUUUGGACACACAUUAUCAUUUAGAUUCUUCCCAGUUGUGUACAUAUGUAUGUAUAUAGAUGUACAGAAAGGAUAUACAUUAUAUAACUAGUCCAAAUAAUAAUAAUAGGGUUGUUUUAUCCAUGGUGUGCCUUCGUCAGGGUUUUCCAAUGUGAAUAAUUAUGUGUGGAAUAAAGUGAAGCCUUUCUUGGGGAAAAGAACAGGUACUAAUCAUCGACUAUUAUGUUGACUCUAGGUGAAUGCUCUGUAGCGCUGCUCUGUAGCGCUGCUCUGUAGCGCUGCUCUGUAGCGCUGCUCUGUAGCGCUGCUCUGUAGAUUAAAAAUUAAAUUAAAAAUAAAUGUAUGAUACAGAAUUGAUCAUUUUGAAGUUCUGGUUUGAUAAGAUGCCAAUAUGUUCUCCUGAUUUCCUGUUCACGCACAUGGGUGUCUCUUUCUCUGGUUGAAUGAAGUCUAUCUAUGAAUUUUAUCCUAUCGCCAAAUGAAAGGUAUUGAGGGAAAUGAGGGUGGCCAUUACUUUGUUGUCUAAAGGUUGUUGUUUCUCCUGUAAAGUACCAGACUCAUUCACUCCCUUCCCCUUCAUCCUAACCUUUCCAUUUGUGCAGAUCCAUAAUGUAGAAGCUAUAUGGUGGAAGUUAUAUACCCAUCUGCAUUCCAGACCCUUUGGAUCUGCAGACAUGGAGGGUUAGAGGCUUGGAACGGUGGCUACUUCAGUCAAUGGGACAGGACCUCAAUCCCAGACGCUCUUGCAGCAGAUGCAGGAACACUGCACGAAAGACUAGCUUGCACUAUGGGAAGGAGGAUUCUUUGUAUUUGGUUUCCCACAUGUUGUGUUGAAAUGUCAUUGUGACAAAUGAAUGUCCCCAUAUGGCACAGCAGCUUCCACAGCAUCAUCCUCUCAAAGGAAGGGGCCCAAUCCUUACUUGAGAUUUGUGCAUGCAAAUCUCCCAUAUAUAUCAAUGCAAGGUGCUUUAGAUGAAAGUGCCAGUUGGCUUUCUUCCCAGUUGGUUUACCUCUAAUACCUGAGUCUCUGUGUACCACUCCAGAAAGUCAUACCUGAGUCUCUGUGUACCACUCCAGAAAGUCAUACCUGAGACUGUGUACCACUCCGGAAGGUCAUACCUGAGUCCCUGUGUACCACUCCAGAAAGUCAUACCUGAGUCCCUGUGUACCACUUCAGAAAAGAUUGGACACAGUUAAAUAUGUGAGUGCGUACCAUUCUAAUUUAAGUUGUUGACCCAUACAUGUGGCCAAAUUGUUUCCAGUCCUUUCUGUGGAAUAGCUUUAGUUGUACUCCUGUUGUUUUUUUAUUUCAAAUUUCCCCUGAAUAUAUUUAUGAAGGAUGCAGGUGUGGUUUACCACCAUGGAAACCGUUUGAAUUGAACAAAGGAGUGAAUGAGGAAAGGAAACAAAAGGAAGAGACAGGACUUCAAGUGUUACUGACUAUUUGUAAAGGGAAAACUGAAAUAUAAACUACAUGACCAAAAGUAUGUGGACACGUGCUCGUUGAACAUCUCAUUCCAAAGUCAUGGGCAUUAAUAUGGAGUUCGUCUCCCCUUUGUUACUAUAACAGCCUCCACUCUUCUGGGAAGGCUUUCCACUAGAUGUUGGAACAUUGCUGUGGGGACUUGUUUCCAUUCAACCACAAGCGCAUUAGUGAGGUCGGGCACUGAUGUUGGGCAAUUAGGCCUGGCUCGCAGUCUGUUUCAAUUCAUCCCAAAGGUGUUCGAUGGGGUUGAGGUCAGGGCUCUGUGCAGGCCAGUCAAAUUGUUCCACAAUGAUUUUGACAAACCACGGGGAUAUUGUCAUUUUGGAACAAACUGUUGCCACAAAGUUGGAAGCACAGAAUUGUCUAGAAUGCCAUUGUAAGCUGUAGCGUUAAGAUUUCCCUUCACUGGAACUAAGGGGCCUAGCCCAAACCAUGAAAAACAGCCCCAGACCACUAUUCCUCCUCCACCAAACUUUACAAUUGACACAAUGCAUUCAGGCAGGUAGCGUUCUGCUGGCAUCCGCCAAACCCUUGUCUUUUGGACUGCCAGAUGGUGAAGCAUGAUUCAUCCCGCCAGAGAACACGUUUCCACUGCUCCAGAGUACAAUGCGGCAAGCUUUACACCAGUCCAGCCAACGCUUGGCAUUGUGCAUGGUGAUCUUAGGCUUAUGUGUGACUGCUCGGCCAUGGAAACCUAUUUCAUGAAGCUCCCAACAAAAACUUAUUGUGCUGAUGUUGCUUCCAGGGGCCGUUUGGAAUUCGGUAGGGAGUGUUGCAACCACGCUACACGCUUAAACACUCGGUGGCCCCGUUCUGUGAGCUUGUGUGGCCUACCACUUUGCGGCUGAGCUGUUGUUGCUCCUAGACAUUUCCACUUCACAAUAACAGCACUUACAGUUGACCGGGGCAACUCUAGCAGGACAGCAAUUUGACGAACUGACUUGUUGGAAAGGUGGCCUCCUAUGACGGUGCCACGUUGAAUGUUACUGAGCUCUUCAGUGAGGCCAUUCUGCCAAUGUUUGUCUAUGGAGAUUGUAUGGCUAUGCGCUCGAUUUUAUACACCUGUCAGCAACAUGCAAUUUACUCAAUUAAAUAUCAAGGUGUAUGUAUGUAUGUAUGUAUUGUUUUUGAAUCCCUGUGACCACUAAGAUUAGACAACUGUCUGGACAAAAUAGUUUGGGUGAAUUCAUCAACAGAGUAACUGUCAUAAGAACGUGUCAGUUUUGAAUAGCUGCCUUCAGGAUCUAGGAUGGCCACUUGGUGUCCAUCGGGAUGACAAGGACAUAUAUUGUGAGGAACCAUAGACUCUUAAAUGAGUGGUUGACAUGCUCUAUUCUGAUUCACAGUGAAGGGUUUUGUGGAGUUGAAUAUCCUCAACAUGUGGCAUGUUUUAUUGAUGUGCAACAUCUUUGUCUCUAGUGUUGGUGGAUGUUUUUUUAAAGCGGAAUGUUCAACUCUGUAAAAAAUUUCUGUACAAUUUUAGAAUGUUUAUUUCCUGCACUGUAAAUGCGUGAUAUUGUAUAAUACUGCUUUACAAAAAAGCUACAAGUUGCUGUAUAAUCUGUCAAAAAUACACCUAAUUAUUCCAGUGUUAGUAAUUAAAGUUUAGCUCAACUUAAAA